CCUGCUGCGGGUGGAGGGACGGACGGACAGAGACAGACGGGACCCCCCCGACCCCCCCACGCCGGGGCCGUCACAGGGCGCCAGAGCCCGCAGGGGGCGGCACAUGGCCCCGGGGCGCAGGGGGGCGCCGGGCGCGUAGAGCCUGGACCGGUGCCGCCCCCCCCCCCGCCUGGACCGGAUCGGACCGGUGCCGCCCCCCCAGCCUGGACCGGACCUGUAUCGCCCCCCCAGCCUGGACCGGAUCGGUACCGCCCCCUGUCAGUCUGGACCGGACCGGUACCGCCAAAUCCAGCCGGGUUUGGACCGGUACCGCCCCCAGCCUGGACCGGACCUGUGCCGCCCCCCCAGCUGGAUCCCUCCCCGGGCCUGGCUCGGAGCCGGCCCCAGCGCUGCCAUGAGCUGAGGGCACCGUGCCCGGCGCUGGCCCGGCCGGCCAUGUGGGCACCAGAGCCGCAAUGAGCCCGGGGACGGGACACUGGGCUCAGGUACCUGGGAAGACGCUCUGAACAGGUCCCGCCAGCGGGGGGCGCCGCCCGCCCCAUGGAUCUCCACCCCUUCGGCCCGCGGCCCCCCAGGGACGGAACCGCCGACCCCCGGCACCAGCCCCCGGCCCGGGAGGAGCCGUCCGGGCGCCGGCUCAAACUGGAGGAGGACGAAGAGGCUGGGCGGCCGCGGGCCCCCCGGGCCCCACCCUGGCCCCCCGGCCCUGGGGAGGCUGGGCCGGAGCAGGGCGAGGCCGCGCGCUACGGCCGCUACCUGCUGAUCGACAGCCAGGGGCUGCCCUACACGGUGCUGGUGGAGGAGGCGGGCGCGGCAGGCGAGCGGGCGGGGCUGCGGAAAGUGUACUGCUGCCCCGUGUGCUCCCGCACCUUCGAGUACCUCUCCUACCUGCAGCGGCACAGCAUCACCCACUCGGAGCACAAGCCCCACGUCUGCCGGGCCUGCGGCAAGGCCUUCAAGCGCACGUCCCACCUGGAGCGGCACAAGUACACCCACGCCGGGCGCAAGCCCCACCAGUGCCCCAUCUGCCAGCGCAGCUUCCGCGACGCCGGUGAGCUGGCCCACCACCAGCGCGUGCACACGGGCGAGCGCCCCUUCCAGUGCGAGGACUGCCACAUGCGCUUCGGCGAGCGCAACACGCUCCAGCGGCACAUCCGGCGCAAGCACCGCCAGCAGCCGCCCACGCCCUGACGGGCACGGGGAGCCCCGGAGCCGG